AUGAAGAAUUAAGAUUAAAUCCUUCUUAAGAACUCAGCCAUUCCUGGUUACUCUGGACAUAUUCCAUAUACCAAAUCAGAAAAUAUAUUUGGCAGGCCUUUCUCAGCAAUCACAAGAGAGGCUUUUAGUCAUGUUCCUAUCACUGAUGAAAAGUGGAAUACUUCCACUAAGGUUUAAUUUAAGAAUCCGAAAACCUUGGUUUAGCCAACCCAUCGCCAAACCGAAAAAGUAUUAAAGAACAAGAAGUUUCAAAAUUCUGGGUUUCUAUAAAAUAACAGUACUGGGGAUUAAAAAGGGUGGAAAACUCACAAGAAUAUGCUUAUGAUUCUAAAUAUGAAAGAAAAUUAUGAUAAUUAUUAUUUAUAUUUGAUGUCAACUCAGUAUAGAGUUCCUUCCAAUGACAAUUACAUUCGCGAUUUAGAAAACAUCUCACAGAGAGAGCGCCAUGGAUUAUUCAAUUAGCCACCACCUUUAUUAUUGGGGGAUUAAUAUAACGAUGCCUUGAAAAGCUAAGGCAAAGAGAAAGCAAUUCUAAUUAAUAAAAAACUCUAAAAAAAGCAUGAACCUGCUUUGUUUUCAGAGCCUGGAUAUACUACAUUAGAUGACCCAUAUAAAGAUUCAUUUAAAGCUAAAUAAAUUUAUGAUAAAGAGAGAGAAUUGGCCAUUAAAAAUCCCCAUAGCUUCAAGCCAAAUGACCACUAAAAAUCCGUUAAACAUUCCGAGUUUGAGCAUAUGAAGGAAUAUAAUGAUAAGGUCUUUAAAACUCGAAAUUCAGCUGGAAAUGUCAUCACUCAAGCUAGAAACUUUUUGACCAACCCUGCUAAAAAAGGAUUAGGCAGAACAACAACAAAGAAUUUAUUUAGUUAGAUAGAAUACAUUCCUGAUCCUUAUGAUAGACAAGAAGAAAUGGAAAGAAAGGAGAGAAUACAACACAAAAGCAAAUAACUACCUGGAACAACGAGAUUUGUCACUACUAGCCAUGGAAAUAGACCCUUUACUGCAGACGGUAUCUUAGUAGAUGGAGCAGGAUAUACCAUAUUAAAAAAACCACCUCUUUAUAAAGGAAAUCCAUUCAGACCAUCAAACUAAAAUAAAAAAGGAUUUUAAGGAACUUUCGAAGUGCUUCAAUAUAUGGAAGAAGGUGGUCCUGAUAUAAAAACAAAACAAAAUACAUUCGAAAAAUUGAGUGCCACCCAAACAUUUGAAAAACCUUGGAGACCAAAUUCUAAUGGAACAUUUGCAAGACCUUGUCCGAGUGUUUCUUAAUAAAUCAGAAAUAGAAGUGCAGGAUCAAAUUAAAGAGGAUGA